GGAAAUUUCACCUUAUUAUAUUUACUUAAUUUUCCUCUCAUUUAUUACGCCAGGUUGCAAAAACACACAAAAACUGACUUAGCUGAGCUAUCUUGACUUUGAGUGAUUGACUGACAAUGUUAAAACGGCCCGCCUGCUGAUAUUCACGCAUUCAGAUUGGUGUCGCAGAAAUCCUUCCGCCUUUGUCAAUAAUUCAUCAUUCAAGAACUGGGUUAAAAAGGUCGUAGACUUGAAAAUGAUUCUGUGAAGCUCAUUGGCAAUCAGGUGAGACUAGAGACCAAAAAUUAAUGUAACUGCAAUUAUUGGCAAUACAAACAUGAAAAACAUGACGGUGAGGUGAGCAUGCUGUCUAAUGCAUGCUGUCCUUUUUGCUGGCUGAAACCAGCUGUUGACUUUCUAAAGUUUACAGCAUACAGAUCGAAUACAAAAGCGAAACUGGGUAAGUCUUACGAUCAGUGUAGCAGAAAAAUAACAUUGCAAAUUUUGAAAUGUCAAUGAACGUGAUAUUUUGAUUCGUGUUAGAGAAAAAAAAUAGCGUGUUCCUUCUAAUAUUACCAUAAACAAAGGAAAAGUUUUAUUUCAGAGAGCUCAAAAUGCACGUACAGCCCACCAUUUACAUACUGAAUGAGAUUCGGGUCAAUUAAAACAUAGUAAAUGGAGUGAACUCGGUGAUAAGUCUCGGCAUUUAUCACGCAAGUUCCCAUUGUUUUCAUUAAUUCUACGUAAAAGUUACUGACUGAAAUUUGGAGCAGAGCGACCGCAGUUGACCAAGUGUUGAUUAGUCGCCCACAUGCUCGCGAUUUCAUUAUGUUUCUUGAUUAAUAAUUUCGAUCUUGGGCGUCUGAACUCAAAAGCAAUCGACUUCUCAUGGUCAAUUAAAAUUGUAGUAAAAACAACCCCGCCGUACUGUGAUCGAAGCAUGUUUUCAAAGUUUUGACUCGUUCCUGAUUGUAAUCUAAUAUCAUGAUGAGAAAACGACAAUAUUUUCCGAAGGAAGUACAAUUUGAUUGAACAGGUGCAAAGUUGAAAUGUUUCCCAGACUAGUUUAUUCCUCGAUGUGGCCACGGAACCACUUUUUCAUCCCUCCUCACGAUCAUUUUAAAACUUCAAGAGAGAUACAUCGUCGCGCUUGUAGAUAAUCAUUCAUCAGGUAACAUAUGCGUACUUCAGAAGUUUUAAAAAAUUUCAAAAAGGUGACAUUUUUUAAUCCUCCUGGUCUCCCGAAGUAAAGGUAUAUUCUACUGAAGCUCUCUGCUUGAUCGUAGAGUUUCGUUUUUGUUUGUCAUUUUGAUAAACAAUAGUUUUUAAGCAUUCAGACGAAGAAAAUACGAACGAAGCUGUCUUUAUCAACUCUAUAUGAAAAUAGAAAUGAGUCAGCAUGAUGACAUUUCAAAUACACGUAUAAAAACUAUUAUUCCAUGUUGGGGUCUAGCGCUUAAAAUGAGGUCAGACUCCUGUGCAAACUUCUCCCCAACCUCCCCGCGGGCAAAGAAACGUGAUUCGCUAAAGUAAUUAAAAAACCAAAUCCGAAAUCGAAUGCUGAGAUAACUAUUGAAGUCAGUUGUGCAAAACAUGUUAUUUGUCCGAGACUUGUGGAUCAAUCAUUUGCCUCAGCCUUCGGCAUGGACAAAUAAUUGAUCUUCUCACCACAAGAAUAUUUUUCUAAAGUUGUUUUAAUGAUUGUGCGUUGUUUUGGUUUUACGUAACGGUGCUAAUACUAGCAAAGAAAUCAAAAUUGAGAUAUUGAGACCAACCUGAUGGAAAUUGAUAAAUUGCAGUCUCCUGCCUUCCCAGUAGACUCCCUUUUUGUAUUGUAUGAAGAAUAAUCUUAGAAUAUCUUAAGAAUAUCUUAAGUGAAAAAAUUAGUAGUAUAUGCAAGCUGUAAUCGUUAAUAUUACUGCGACAGAAAAUUUUUUAUAUAUAUCUAACCCCGUGGCAGAGGUUGGACGCAUUUAUGCGAGUGCGUCGGGAAGAAAUUAAAAAAAAAUCUUUUUCGCUGGUGGCGUAUUAGUGAAGACACCUGUCAAUAUGCUGUUACACCCCGUUGACCACGCGUAAUCAGUUCUUUUAUUUUCAAACGUACCGAAAGAUCAAGUCAGUUUCCAAUAGAGAUUAAGGGAUUUUGCUCACUAAUUUGUCAGAUGUGUGACUUGCAUUUUUCAAGUGCACUGGCAGGUAACUGAUCGUUUUAGACAUUUUGGAGAACGUGAUUUUAAAAGACAUCUUCACAUCCAAUUGCUCUAAAUACAGCUGAGGUAAGAGUCAAUUAAAUUUUUUCCGUUUCAAGGUAGCUUAAGAUCGCCUGAUCGCACAAGUCGUGUCGCAUUUUACAAAACUGUCUGAAAAUCUUAAUGAUCUCCAGUAAAAAGCGCCUUUUAGAGCGCAAUGUAAGUUGCAAACGUUUUCCUGAGCAAACGUCAAAAAAACCGUAGUAUAUACACAUAUGAAACUAUUUAAUGUUGGGAACAUUUGGCAAAAGCGAUGACAGAAUCAUUUUCGAUUAACUUUAUGUUAAUUUUGAAAAUUUUAAUGUGUUCACGCCAAUCAUCUUGCAAAAUGUGAAUGAGCAAAAUAUAUUUUGUCAAAAACUCUUGGAUGCUCUUCCGGAAACCAAACUCUACAUAAACCUGAAGACAUCCUUUUCCCUAAUUUUUUACCUAUCGAUUUGAAACAGACAGGGAUUUGAACAUUCAUUUAUGCGUAAUCGACCAGUCAGAGUGAUGACAUCUCGUUUCCCUAAGUCUAAUCAGUUAGUGGACAUCAAUUUCCGCCGAAGAAUAAGGAACAAUUUCACAUGCAUUACUGCUAAAGUUUAUCUUAAUCUGUAUUGAUUGUUUUAUCCCUGUAUUGUCAGAUAUUGCGUUCGCUAAGAAAAUUUUGCCAAAGUGAGUCUGUGGCUAGUAUUUUGUUGCGCACCGUGUUCUGUACAUGUAAUAGCGCGCGCUCAAUAAGCCACCAUCUUUAAGCUGUAGAUUUUGAAAAACAAAAACUACUGUCAGAAAAAAUCCUAGGUCGAAAAUCAUUCGAGUUUAUCACUUCUGCAUGCGAUAUUGUGUUCUAAAGAACAAUUAUGAUUUUACUACUGUAAAUUGUUCAGCUUUAGACGGUCUAGCUCUUUAGCCUUUUUUGUCUUGUGCAUAUAUAUACGCGCAUGCAGCCCUUUUUUUUAGACUUGGUAGUUCUAGUUAUAAUCUCAAAGAAAGCAAUUCAUGGUCAAUUGACUGCUAUUAACUCGCCUCUCUUUACUGUGGUUGCUCAAUCCUCGUUAUAAAAGUGAAAAUAAACAAAGAAACCACUGGACAGAAAGUAUGUAACUAAAAACAAAACAAAACAAAAAACAACAACUGAACCAACAAACUAUACAAAAGAGUUAAGGAUUUUGGCUCUUGGCUCCUAAGUAUGGCAUGGCGUGGAAGUCAUUUUAUUUGCUGCAGCUAAAUUAAUUUCAUGUAUUCAAGCUACAAUUGCCACAAACGCGAAUAACUGGGUAUCUGAGGUGUUAAUUGUAUAAUUUGUGGUCGUUAAGCAGUUCGUAACUUAGAUAGCCAAAAUAUGUUCAUUUUUUCGAGUUUGUUUAUUAUUCAUCGAUAAUUUUCAUAAGUUUUAAUUCAAAAGACCUCCAGCUUUCUUUACCUUGUGUCAUUCAUAGUGAUAAUGAUUUGACUGCGUUCUUUCAUUUUGAAUUUGAUAUGAGAAGUGAGACACGAUUACGAGCCAAUGAUUGGGCAAUGAAAAUGAAUUUAGACCUGAAUGCUAAUGUCACCGCCAUAAUCAUACGAAGCCUUCGAUUUUGAGCGUGAACAGAGUCUUCCGGCUUUCUUUGGGUAAGUAAGGAAAUGUUUCGUUUCCAGUUGGCCUAGAAUCUUCAUGCUUAUUUGAUAGAAUUAGUAGCCUAAUGUAUAACCAUUUAGGAGACACAAAACGCCAGCUCUCAUUACAAAAACUCAAAGAAAUGACCCGCAGUCGACAAAAGACUGGUGGGCUCGCUUGAUAUUCUCAAACAGCUUUGGAAGCAAACAAGUGAUGAAUCGACAAAGUAUUUGUAAAACGGCAUCAAAACGAGCUCUUCGUUUCGUUUGCAAUUUCAAAUUAACGGACGAGCCUCUCAGAUUGAAGAAAGUGUUGCGCAGACAUUUUCAAUUCAAAACUGCAACAAUCUUAAGUCAUCCAUCACGUUAUCGUUAUUUCCAGUUCCUCAUAAUGAAAGAAAUACCAUCAAGAGGAAACUGUUCUCUCAUCAAUUCAUUAUAACUGAGUGCGCUAUUUUGAUCUAUCUUUCCUUGCGCGUAUGUUACCCUAAAUUCUCGAUUUUAAACAAUUAAUUCAAAUUUUGACCUCUUUAAUAAAGCAAAUUAAAAUUUUGAAAUAAAUGCAAAUUUUGAAAUAGUGACAAAUCUCGAUGAAAAGGGCUUAAACAAAGUUUGGACCAGUCCUUCGAAGAGUUGCAAUGGACGUACUCAAACCUCUUCUUGCUUACGUAAACGCAAAUUCAAAUAUCGAAAAAAUAGUUGCUAAUAAGACAAAAUAAAUAAUAGCAGUUUGACCACGCGCGUAAGCAAUGUUAUCAUUGGGCUGUGAGUUGAAGUUUAAUUUUCUUGUUUUAAAGUUCCUGGGUAUUGAGCAGUAUUUAGAAUUUCUUUACAAGUGUUAUCAACUCUUUUCCAAAAAUCUCUCUUUAUCAAUUGAUUUGUUUUGGUCGUAAUGCCUUCAAAGGACUGUUUCAAAUUUAAGAUCAAGCGAUCAACUUUAUUUCUUGGUUAGUUUGACUUUCUUUUUUCUUAGAUUAUGAUGUUGCAGAUUACAACACAAAUGAAGGUAAAAAUAAACUUGGACGAAAAUUAUUAGCCGGCAUAAUUUUUUAAUCAUAACACUUGCACCUACGUUGCUCUAAUCAAUUUAUUUGCCUCGUGGGCUUCGAAAUUUUGACCGAAUCGUUUUAGCAUGUAAACAUAAUCCACGCGUUUGAUCUGGCAGCGACCUUGAAUGGACCAAUUAUAUUCAACAGAGAGUAAACAGUCCAUUUUGUUUUUAUUGGCUGGUUGAUGAUCAAAUUGAGGGAACGAAAGGUUCACUGUUGCUUAAGAGUACCAAUCUUUUUAACCGGAUCAGAACUUCCGUUUGAAGAUUGCUCAGUGCGCAAACAAAUCAGGAUGCGGUGAUCCUAAAUUAACUUAUCAUGAACAAAUUCGUGAGUCGAGUGGACAAUAUUUGACGACGUCUGAUUAUUUUCCGGAACAGUUUUGUUUUUAUUGACACCUGCCAAGCCUCCUUUAAUUCAACAGCUGACCUGAUAAGUAUUUAUAAAAUGAAAGAAUUGUCAAAUUCUCGUGAAAAAUUAGUAUGUAGCUGGUAUGACGAGGCGUUUCGUUCGUCAACAGACUCAUGUAGCAGCUUUUUCCAAUGUUCAAGCGAACUAAUUUAGCAGCAAAGUUCAAGAUGUCUGAAGUCUGGCCCUUUAUCGUCGACUGAUCCUCACGCACGGGCAUAUGUACUGUUGAUUUCCCGCAAUUUAAUCCCAUGUCCGUUUUUGCCUCUGACCAGGGGCAUAAAAUUGUUAUCAAAUCAUACAAAACCGGAAUUAACUCGAUAGUUGAUGACUUCCACUCAUAGGGAAUUGUCACACAUUCUCGAAACAAUUAUUUCUUCUGAGACUAGGCAGCUGAGAGUUUUUCUGGGGAAGGUGGGUAAAAUUUUCAGGGCUGCGGUAUCAAUAAUUGCUCUCAAGAUUGUGACAUCCAACCUUAUCUACUCUACAUUGGUGCCAUUCUUGAAACCAUUACUUAAUAAAGGCUGAAAAAACAGGACAAAACAAAAAAAAAAAAAAAAAAAAAAGAGAAAAAAAGCGAGAGAAAGUAACCACGGGGAGUUUUGGCAAUCACUCAACCAAGUAAAAUCCUCUUUAAGAAGGACUUGAACGACGGCUAAACCUCGGUGGUCGCAUUUAAGCCUCGAUUUUGAGUUUCGCCAAUCAUACUGAGAGUUGUUCGCCUGAAAGAAAAAUUGUGAAGCUGAUCAAGGCGCAUCCGGCAAUAUGAGUUAUCACGCAAAGUAACAUGUCUUAAGAAGAGAAACCUAUAUAUUUAUCGUGCUCACUUCCAUGGAAACGUGUGCGAAAUUUCUUCACUUCUCGACUCAUUUAUCAUCACCUCCCGCUAAUUAAGAACAACUUUGAUUUUUCUGACGUUUGAGAUACGAGAGCUGGAGAUCAUCAUGUUUACGUUGUUCCGGCCUUGACAUCGAAAGCAUUUACAGAAUGAGGUGAACAAUUUGUUUAAUUAAAACAUAAAAGAAUCUCGUCAAAUGUCAGAAGAACACUUGAAAAGCAAUUAGCCUGGGAAAAAUAUCAGAAUUUUUUCAGAUCUUUUCCCGGCUUCUUCGAGUUGUGGUAAGUUUGACAGCUUUCUUGUCUUCUAUCUCAUUCGAAAAUUAAAAUUAGAACUUUAGAGUAGAUUAUCCCCAUAGCGCUAGUACGGUGGUCAGAAUCCCGUUAUCAGGACACACCGUCUGGCCACAAAAAUUGAUUGCGAUAAUAAGACGAUGACUGAACCUGUAAUAUUUUGGAGACACAACGACUGAGUCUUGAUAUCAACAUGGUGGUUGUAUUUCGUUGAAGGAGUGUUCUCCGUACAUGUUAAAAUUCAAGGCUAUGUGGACAGGUUUGCUAGAAUUAAAGGAUUUUGUUAAGGUGAAGUAGUAAUGCGCAAGACGCGUGUGUGGGGCCAAGAUCACGAGCCAAAAUCAUUUGAGGUGAGAUCUCUUCGAUAGCGGCUUUUGACGCUUUGUUAGAAUAUAUGAAAAAAAUUAUAGUUAUGAGUUGAAAUUAUAGGAGUGCACUGGUCUUAUUCAGCCGAGUUCGAGUCAUCUCAGCCAGAUUUUAUUCAUUAUAACAGAGAAUUUAUUCACUUGCGAUGGAGAAAAAUAUCUUAUCCAAGCCACUUGACAGCGUAGGUCAAUUCAACACGGUCUUAAAAUCCAAGAAUCUUUCACCACCAACGCGUAGAUUGAGACAAUUUGUGCUUAAAGUACACCAAGAUUACGAAUUGUUUGCUUACACAUCUUACAUGUGCGAGCUACUCAUGACUUUUGCACAACAUGACAUGAAGUGUCACAUACAACCAUGCCGGAACAUUAACAGUUAUGAAAAAAUAAGGAAAAAAGGGGAGCCAUGUGCUGUUAAUUCAUUUUUAAUUCUAUGGGUCAUUUUGGGCGUGCAAUCGCAGUGACCUCAAUGAAGAGAAUUUACAUUUGAGUCUGUGUAAUGAAAAUAUGGGAUAAUUAGAAAGUACACCUUUUAUUUUGAUAAGAAAUUAAUGAAUAAGCAUGAAGACUUCACUUAUACUCUUCCUUCCGGCCGUAAAUAUACGUUUGACCAAAUCUUGAAACAGGAAUUUCACCGGCAAGAUAAGGCAAGUUUGGAAGGAUUCCAGAAGCAUGCGAUCAAUCGGAGAAUGCCUCGACCAUUUUUCUUGCAAGAAAUUUCACUCGAUAUAGAGCUUUAAUGAACAAGCAUAGGGUCAGAGCUUGAAAACCCGAUAUCAGUCUUUGUAUGAUAUCAUGAUCUUAGUCGUUUGCAGGAGGCGUAUUACAUACAAACCUUGUAUUGAUCUAGUUCACUGUUUCAACUUCUAUGUAGCUUCAUGGUAGACUAUCAGAAUGCAAAAUUCUAAGGUUCGAUUCCUUAUGAGGGUAUUCGGAUUUUUUUCUUUUCCAACCAACGUGAAUAACCGAUUUAAGUCUCUUAUUAUGUACCAUCUUUUUUAUUUCGUUUUUUUUUUUUAUACAUUACUCUUAAAAGAUAUCGACAUGUCAGUUAAGGAGCUGUCAAAAGCAUCAACGUCGGCUGAGCAUGGAAAAGCGUCGAUUACCAAAUUCGUUUUCUCAAUAGGCUUGAGCCUGUCUGGCGGCAUCUUUGAAGGCGCCAUACGUACUUUGGUCGAUCUCAUUUGGUCGAUCUCAUUUGGUCGAGAUUCUCGUUUGUGAAAGACAACUACGAAAUGUCGAGAGUGUUACAGCGAACGCGCAAAUUUUUCGCCAUCACCACGUUAAUUCGCUUCGCUUCGUGGCUUGCUUUAGGUUGUUGUUGAGUUCCAAUUUUAUAUCCAAAAAGAGACAAAUUACCUGAUAGGGCAAAGUAUCCAUACAUGAAGACAUUGAUAGCCGUUCAUAGAAGUCACAAGAUGUAAUCCGCUAUUUCUAGUGCACUGUUUCCUAGUUUUCUGUAAUGAACCCAGAAACAUGGCUCAAAUUUAAAAUAAAAACUGUUUAAAUAUGAUUAAAUUUAAAACGCCUUGUUUAUUUUCCCAGCCAGCAAGACAGACUAUAAAUGUAAACGAAGAAACAACGCAAAUAUUAUUUUGCGUUACACCUAUUCGGGUUGGCUGACACGACAAACAAAUUGCCGAUAUUAAUAUUGAUCAAAACCGCCAAAGAGUUGAAUUUAUGAAACAGGGUGAAUUUUGUGGGCCAGCGAAAUUUCAGCUUCUGUCCAACUGCAGCUGUCCUCGAUAUUUAGAACAUAAUACCAACGAAUUUGUAAAAUUUUGAGCGUUUUAUUUUUUUUUUCUUUAAAACAGCUCAUUAUAAUUCAAAUUCUAACCCAAACAAAAAUGCAGCCGCUUAUAAUUUCAGUUUGGAUAUAUCACUAAAUUGAAACGCUGUUGAAAGACGUUAAUUACGCCAAAUUGCGCCGGCCGCAGAGACCACGAAAAACGAAGAGCUAACACAGCCGGAACAAGAUAACGAGGAUGAUAUAUCUGCUUAUUAAGAUGUACAAAAUAUAUAAAAGACGCAUCUUAUUCUUUCUUUUUUUAACUCAAAAGGUCGACUAUUUUUUUUGCUGUCUCUUCAACAGACUUGAUAACUUAUUCAUAGGCACGAAAACUGUAUCUGCUUGCUUAUCAGUCUUGACGUCAUCGUUGAAACACCAAAGAUCUAUUAUUCCUCUUCGCGAACAAUAAGCAAACACAAGCAGGCUGUCGUUCUUUGCGACUCACUUCCCUCCAACAAGGCUUCUUGUGAGGUAAGGUAUCUUUAAAUACGGUCACUUAUGCAUGCAUUUUGGCCAAAUCCGAUAAGUAACACUUCAUUUUUAGGCUUAAGCGCUUAGCAAUUGGGACCCUUUCUGAAGAAAGGCUAAAUUACCAUGCUCAGUGAAAACAGUUUUAUCGUUAUUGUUUAAAGAGUCCUAUUUCUAAAACUCCACGUCGAUUGUUUUCUAAUAUUCCUUGCAGAGAGAUGUUGCACUAAAGAAAAACCAUGUAUGGGAUGCUCUUGGAAAGCGUAGAGCAUUUCUUGAAAGAGAAAUACGGUGAAAAAAUCUGGCAUUUAAUUCGUCAGCGGACAGGAAUUAAAAAUCAUGUAUUCGUGACACACGAACGGUACUCAGAUAAUCUGAUGUUGGAAAUCGCGUCUGCAGCGGUAGAAGUACUCGGAAAUGAGACAAAAAUGACCUCGGAAGACUUCAUUCAAUUUUUUGGGACGUGCUUUGUGAAAUUUUUCAGCAACUACGGCUACGAUAGGUUUAUACAAAUAAGCGGCAGGCAUUUUAGUGACUUCCUACGAGGAAUCGACAAUUUACACGAACACAUGCGAUUUGCUUACCCAAAGCUCAUGUCACCGUCAUUCUACUGUUCAGAAGAGGCAAGCACGGGAUUACUGCUACACUACAAAUCUAAACGUCGAGGAUUCCAGCGAUACGUAAUGGGGCAAAUCAUGGAGGUGGCUAGCAUGUUCUACAACAUCGUUGUUGAGAUGCAAGUACUAAAAAGUGAUUCAACUGAGUCAGGUUGUCACGUUGUUUACAAACUUAAUUUUGACAACUCGGCUUUUAAACCUCCUACGCCCGACGCUCUGUCAAUUCAACAUAAUCGCGAUUUAUCUUGCGAGGCUUUUUUUCAUAUCAUGCCAUUCAGUUUUCUCGUGACGCCUGACAUGAAAAUAUAUAUGGCAGGAAAGGCAUUAUCUUCAAUGCUUGGAACCAUUUUAGUUGGAAAUCGUGUAGAUGCAGUUUUUACCUUACGACGACCUCAAAGGGAAUUUUCCUGGGAGAACGUAAGUGGGUUUUGCAACUGCUUAAUUUUUUAAACGAAUUAGUAUAUUUGUAGACAAUGACACUCGGUAGAAAAAAAUAAUUUAAAAUCGCUUAUGAAUUAGUAAAUUUGCAUAGGUUCAAGAAUAUACUAUAAAUUGAUAUUACAAAUGCAAUAUUUCCCUCGCGUACGGAAACAAAAAAAGCUUCUAAGUUGAACUCCAUUUCCAUGGGAAAACUUUGAUAGUAUAUGCGACAGAAGAUUUUAGAAAACAAAGAAACAAAGUCAUCAGCGUUAGCGCAACUAAGGACUUAACACAUUUUCCGCAUGGUAGCGUUGUUCAAUUUCCAAUUACGAUGAUGCCAAUUUUAGAUAGGCGUGUUUGCAAAAAUCAUUAAAAAAAGAAAGUGCAAAAUUAAACUUUUUAGAUAACGGUAAUAUUUUGGCACGUACAUAUUUGUGGGAAAAAAAGCGCUUUAGUUUUUAUCUUAAAUCUUCUAUCUCUGGCGUAAUUAAUUUACAUCUGCCUCAUUAAUUUAUAUUCUGCCCCGGGGACAUUUAAAAAUAAACAAAAUUUUUUUCGUUUUUAAGCGUAAAAUUUUGUUGCCAAGGUCAGAAACUCAGGUAAUCCUCCCUGAUUCUAGAUUUUCUAAGUGAUUGCUAGAUAAAAAGUGCCAUGAGAGUUUUCGGUCAAGUUCAGCCUCAAAAUUAAUUAAAAAGCGGAAGUGAAAUUGGCCGUGCCUAAUGCAGAUGCAGUAACUAAACUGUUUACAAAUGCAGAUGCUCACAAAAAUCAUGUCCCGCGCUUCGGGGCCCAUUUGCUAUAUUUAACAGUAUCUUUCCGUUGUCCAGAUGCGUUCGUUUGAUAUAAGAUUGUAUCAAGACACUGCCAACAAAGUUGGCAAAGAUAAAAUUUUAUUAAAUCUUUCUUUUUUUAUAUGCAGAUUAAAUCAUGGAAUGUCAUCUGCGAAUUAGUUGGCAAACAUCCGUGCUUAAAGAAUCACUCCAGCAAAAAACCUCCGCUGAGGGCUGUGAAAUCAGUGGGUAACGAAGAUCAUCAUAAACCCAGAGAGUCAAACCACAUUUUAGAGCGUAGAACGAUAUUAGACGAAACCGGACAUCACAACAGUUUCGCGGCUCUUAAAUCACGGCGACAUAGUGACCAUCCGCUAAACGGUACUUUGGUAACAAAAUUUUGUGGAAGUGAUUACUCGGCUAAAGUGUCGAGGCCUUUGCAUCUGAGAGGCCAGAUGAAAUAUCUAAAGAAAUACGAUAUGGUGUUGUUCAUUUGCUCUCCUAUGUAAGUUGUUAUAUCAUACUCAACUCAUCUAACGUACUGGCCGACCGACUGACUGACCUUGACUUCCUGACUGACUGACCUUGACUUCCUGACUGACUGACCUUGACUUCCUGACCGAGUGAUUUGACUCACUGACCGACGGACUCGACCAAUAGUCUGACUAACUAAUUCACAAACUGUCCGACAUUUCCAAGUUAUUUCAUUUCUUUUUACCCUUAUUUUUGUCUUAGUCUUACAUUGUGACUAUUUUUUGUCGUUUCCCGAGUGGAAAGCUUUGCACGUUUUUAUCCAAUAUGGCAUUGACACUGCUAUCAAAUAUUCUCGUAAACACAAUAUAUGAACGACGAUGAACUAUAAAGCUUCAGAAUGGCAUCUAACAUAAUAUUAUAUAUUAUAUAUCCUGUCUUGAAAGCUCAUCAUUUUAACAUGUCGCUUACGAAAAGCUUUUCACCUCUCCAAAUAGAUCUGCGGACAAUUGUGAUGUAUUGCUUACACUGAGCACAAGCAGUAGAACUACCAUUUUAUUUCUGUUUGUCUUCGAGCAAGACAACUUUCAUUCCUUUUAAGUCAUUAGCAUUCUUUGCACAAAAUUUCAUUACCAGCGAAACAUUUCACACAUUCACUAAAACAUGUGAAUAAAUCUCUCUUAAUUUGUGGAUGAUGCACUUGGAAAUUGUAUUUAAGGUAAUUGCUUUUAACUGAACAUAUUCCAUUCUCAGGAUAAGCAGUGUGGAAGAAAUGGCCCGUACAGGGAUGUACAUAAGUGAUCUGAGAAUGCAUAACUCCUCGCAAGAGAUGGUUUUAUCUGGUAUCCAGCCUCUUCCAGAGCUUGAAUAUGCACGUGAUCAGGUACCAGGAGACUUUAUAGUUGUCCUCCGGGAUGUCAUGCCAUGCCCUGGAGCGUUGCGUGACAUCCCAAAGAAUUGGCUGAAUAGGCUACGUUACGAUGUCUUGUUGUUUCGUUAUUAUGAUUGCUAUUACUAUUGCCAUCGUUUUCUUCUUCUUCUUCUUCUUCUCCUCCUCCUCCUCCUCCUCCUCCUCCUCAUCAUUAUUAUUAUUAUUAUUAUCGUUACUUUUAUUAUCAUGAUUAAUUUACAAGGAUGGAUGGUACCAUGAUGGUUUGACCCUUUGAAGCAGACAGCAUUUCCACUUAAAUUCCCGGAUAACAGCAAGCGAAUAUUUAACAAUUAUUAUUCGUGAACCUCGAGACGAAAUUAGGGGGCAUAUUCAAUAUGUUCACAGAGCCUAAGGCGAAUAAUUGUUUUUUGGUAUAGUACCUCAGGUGUUUUGAAAUUCUACUGUAAAUUCUGUCACAUUAUGUUACGAUUGUGUUGAUUACUCAUAUCAAGAUAUACACAUAGUUUUAACAGGUUUAUUUCAUUCAAUCAGUAAAAACUUCAUACUUACUUUUGUUCCGCUUGGAAAGUGGAAAAAUUAAAAGUGGAAGCUAUAACGAAAAGCGGAAAGCUAUAAUUGAAAAUGGCCGCAGGGCAGCCAUUUUCAAUUAUAGCAGCGCCCCUGCAAUAAUCACCUCGCGCGAGAUGAUUAUAGCGAGAUAUGACGGAAUGCUCGACCAAUCAGAGCGUGCGCAUCUCAACAAUUACUUGAGCAAUUAUACUAGAUAUAUAGGAUAUUACAUGGCCGCUUGGGGAUACGAAUUUUAUCUUCGAGUGCUGAAGCGAAGCUCACUCGUGAGAGAUACUUUCAGCACUCGAAGAUAAAAUUCGUGUCCCCAAGCGGCCAUGUAGUGUUUUGUUUAUUUUAUUUAUACUGAUGAAAUUUCAAAAGAACCCGCCGCGCGCCUGAGCGGGAAGCUCUUUUGUAAUUGGCUAAUCAUGUUAGUAACCAUGGCGACACCAGUAUCCUCACACGUGAAAGAUAAAAAUAGUAUCUUCACUGCGCGCGAUGAAGAUAUGAUUUUUUAAUUAGAGGAAAAUCCUGGUAUUUCAUCAGUAUCUACAUAAUAAAAAAUUAUUAUAUUCACAUUAUAUUUAAAAUAAGGUCAAAUUUGUAUGUUAAACGUACAAGCCUGAAAAGGAAUCAACGAGAACAAAAGAGAUUUUCACGAUGCUCAUAUCUUUUGCAAACCCAAAAAACUACAAUUUGAUAAAGUAAAAGCAAAUUUCUUUUAAUGGCUAAUUUUUCCCUUAAAGCUCUUGGAUCGGGGAAAGAUGUUAGAGGAGAGUUUAGAGAAACUUGAUCAGGAGAGGCAGAGGAGUGAGGAACUUCUAUAUCGAAUGAUGCCAAAAGCUGUAGCUGACCGGUUACGAGAUGGUCAGAAAGCUGUUCAAACUUGUGAGGUAAAUUGGUGAACAUAACACAGUUUUCACUGUAAAUGAAACUAAUGGCUUUAAAUAUAGCUUUUUUAACCGAACUAGUAUACCUAAUCAUAUUACAGAAUCAAAUGGUAUUGCAGCCUGUGAAAGGAAUGAUAUAAAUUUUCUUAAGGAUAAUCAGAAUUUCUAAUUUUAUAUUUGUAUAGACUUUUCUUACACCUUAAUUAGUGAGACAUCUCUAGCAUGGUGCGUGAGCGCUUUUGGUUGUCUCCUCCUCCACAACGUCUCUUUAUUGUAGUGAUAAAUCUUAAGUUAAUUUAUUGUCUAUUUGUAAUCUACUUGAGUGAAUCUAUAAUAAGGAUGAUUGUAAAAACUUCUAAAUCAGGGAUAUUUUUGGUUUAACUUUAAUUUUCGCCUCUAAAUUGUCUUUUAUCCAUCUUUUCUUUCCUUUCAAGCAUUUUGAUAGUGUUACCAUCAUGUUCAGCUACUUGGAUAAUUUUGACAACAUUUGCGCUAGCGUUUCACCAAUGGAAGUCGUCACUCUAGUAAAUAAGAUGUUCUUAACUUUUGACGAACUGAGUGAAAAACACGACGUCUACAAGGUACGUAGAAUUCAAUAAAUUUGCAUGAGUAAAAGCAACAAUUGUUUUCAACCAAAAAAAAAUGAUGAUAUUGAAAAAAGGGAAGAUGCCACAAGAAUGUGAGCAAUGUGAAAUGAUAUCAGUGGCAGAAAAAGCAAGUUGGAAGAAUGAUACCUUACACUUGAUGUACCUGCGAGAAGUGAACAUCUCCUUGAAAAGAGACGCAAGAGGAAGGCAUUUUAUUAGCAACUUCAGCAAGCGUCUGUUUUCACUCGCAACACCUGCAGUGGGGACUGCUAUUCGCGUUUCGGACUAUACAGCCACUCGCGAGGAUGCCAAAAACAAAUCCAACGGACACUACACAAGCAUCUUCCGUAGACGGACGCAUGACCACUACUACUAUUACUACCUGCGUGAAGCAUAACAAGGAGGUUCAAAGAAAUAAACAGCCCUUUUUCAAAUUACGGUUACUGUUUGUUGGUUAUAGAAGAUAGGAAAGGAUUUCCAGCCCAGCGCUCGUCAAAAUAUGGCUUAUCUCGUAGAAAUACUUGGCGAUACUACCCACCAAAGCGUCUAGGAGGUUUAUUUAUUAGGAGAAAGUGAAGUUCUGGCAGCGUUGACUGUUCCAUGCACUAAAAUGCUGAACUUGUAUUUAUAACUAGAAAGAGAAGGAACUUGGAACUCAGUUUUCACGGGGGCUCCCGUCUUACCGGAAUUCUUGCGUUGAAAAUUCCUUUACUGAAAUUUUCAUCGUCAAAACGUAUCUGUGCUCUGACUGCCACUAUAUUGCCAUCCCUUCGAACAUCUGAUGGAACUUAGCCUUUUUGCGGAUAUCUCGGAAAACAAACUAGAGACUCUCUAUGAAUGAUUUUGUAGAGUUAACAAAACUCAAGCCUAGGCCUGGAUUGGCUUUCCUUUUCACUAUUUGUUUUCGCCUUUUGUAACGACAAGUUGAAAUCCUACAUUUUUUUUAGUUUCCACUGUCCUAUGGCAUUGUUACUACAGUAGGUGUCUAUCUGUAAGCCGUGACAAAUCCCAAUGAUCGCAAAAUCUUUUUUUAGUUUGAGACCCUUGGGGACGCCCAGUAUAUGGUGGUCAAUGGUGUACCAGUUAGAAAGGACCGACACGUGGAGCCUGUGGCAGCAAUGGCCCUAGAUAUUUUAGACUCAGUUCGAGAACUGAGACAUCCCACUUCCAAGAGGUUAUUAACUGUUUCAAUAGGUGCGUUGCCAACAAGUAUAGGAGAGAGUGAUUUGUUAAAGUUUGGUGUAAACGGUAUAUAAGAGCAAACAAUUCAAGAAGGAAGCGCCGUUUAAUUUUUCCUAGUUACGAGGAACAAAUUGAAUGUAGAAAACUCAAGACAUGUUUUGUUAUCCAAAGGGAUUUAUGCUCAUGAAGACACUAAAAACGACCUUUUGUCUCAGUCUGUAUGUGGUCAGAUUUGUAUGUGUAUUGUGCAUGAAAUGUUGUGCGCAUUUUGGAGAAAAAUACUAUUUUGACGGAUCUUUUUUUGAAUGAUCUAUUCUCAGUAUUACACCUCAUGAGAGAUGUUUACAAUAGUAUUAAGUACUGAUCGUUUUCUAAUGACAACUAUUCAUGUUGAAAAGCAAACUCAUUUAAAAAUCAAGAAUUCUUUAAUAAAGGUUGUUUUACGAACUCUUUAUUUACAAGCGAAGCGAUCGGGUUGUUUUUGUCUUUCUCACUUAGGGAUACAUCUUGGGCCGGUAGCAGCUGGACUCGUGGGAGAGAAAAUGCCACAAUACUGUCUGUUUGGUGACAGCGUGAACAUGGCGGCAAGACUCAGAACAACGUCUCUUGUAAGAUUUCAGAUAGGCACUUUUGUUGUACUUUUCGUUGUACUUUUUGUGUGAGUGAUGCAUUACUCCAUAGACUAUCUUUUCCUCACCGAAUUUUUUGUUAUUUACUUUUUCGGAAAUAUUUGAAAUACCAGGAUGCCGUUCUCAUGGUUCUUAUGGUAUAAAAUGCAAAAUCUUACACUCGCAAAAGAUAAUAAACUCGACACUAAAGCAAGCUUUCUUCUUAUCUUUUAAAAGCCGAUGAGGAUUCAUAUUAGUAAAAGCUGCCACGAAAGCUUGAAGGAAAUUGGCUUUAAAACAGAGUUCCGGGGACAAACAGAGCUAAAGGUAGGUAGUACUCUUAACACGAUUCGUGUAUUUCUGUAUUUGCACUGAUAUGCUGGGCCUUUUUGGGUAUUUUGAGGGAACCAACAAGAGACUCUUUGAUGUCUACUUCAGAAGGUACACACAAUUUAGUCGAUUUGCGAGUGGUUGAAAAAAAGAAAGAAAAACAACAAUAACAACGAUGAUGAUUUAAUGAAGAUGACGACGAUACUCAAACUUAGAGGUUUGACGCAUUUUUCUCACCGUGUCGGCAUGAUAUGGUCGAAGGUAAACGUUCUGGGUGAGAAAAAAUAAUGACUAUUGCAAUACAUCUAUCGUUUUUUUUAUCAGGGAAGAGGAAAGAUGCAUACUUAUUGGCUGAUAGGAAGGAAUUAGACGACUGAUGCGCAAGACCUAACUUCUAAAGAACCUGCUGCUGACUAAAAGCUAUGCAUCACGUGGUCAUGAGAAUAGAGGAAAUGAUCGCUGAUCAAUGAAGCUCUUGAUUGUUAAACAAAUUCUCUUUGUCAGCGCCUAAGGAAAUAUAAAGAGAACAGCAUGAAGAAUAUGAAUUCCGAUGUUACGGUGCAUAAAGGUUUAAAAACGUACAAAAUAGCCAUUUGUGAACAUUGUAUCAUGACUUAGAGCACUAAGGGAAACCAGUUUUAAAUCUCCGCCUUAUUUCCUUUUCCCAUCAAAUACUUGUUUUGGGAUGGCAUUGGGAUUAACCUAUUUCUACAGUAUCACUGAAGAACGAAAUAACGAGCUGAAAAUGAAUGUUUACAAGUGACCUGUAUCGUCCUGUACCGUCAAAAUCUGUACACGAAAUUUUCAUACGUAUUUAAGAGUUUGAGUCAAUAUAUUUAUAAACUUGUUUUGAAGAUGGGCAGUUUUGUUGGUAAAGAAAAG